AUGGGCAGUCUGAAGUAUAAGCAAACUUUUGAUAAUUAUUAUCAUGUCAAUGGUGACACUGAUUCUAAUUGUAUUAAUUGGUGCAAGAAGUUUCAUCAAAUAUGGGAACGUAGUGAUUAUUUAUUUGGAUUAAUUCGUUCAUCUGAUGAUUUUUAUCGACAACCAAUCAAAUUAAGAUUACCACUUCUAUUUUAUCUUGGUCAUUUACCAUGUUUUUCUUGGGUACAAUUUCAAAAUUUCGAUGGCGUAAAUAAAACUAUUGAUGUUUUAUUUGAUGAAAUUUUUCAACGUGGAGUUGAUCCAGAUGUAUCAACAGGUAUUGUUAAUCAUAAACAUUCAAGUAGAUUCUCAAUUAAUGAUGAUCAAGAAAAAGAUUAUUGGCAAUCAUUUAGUGUACAAAGUAUUAAUGAAUAUAAACUCAAAGUGCGUUCAGAAAUUGAAAAUGUAUUAAUGAAUGGUAAUCUUAAUUUUGAUGAUGUACAAACAUUAAAUAUAUUAAAUGUCGCUCUGGAACAUGAGAUAAUGCAUCAAGAAACAUUAAUGUAUUUAUAUGCUCAAUUACCUUUAGAAGCACUACGAUUGGAUAUAGUGAAUGAAGAAGAUUUUCGUCUUUGUCAUGUAACUUUACCCUUACCUGACAAUAAGUGGAUACAAUUACCAGGAGGACAAAUAUCAUUAGGUAAACCGUAUAAUGAAAAAUCGACAACAUUUUCAUUUGGCUGGGAUAAUGAAUUCCCUUGUGAACCAACAUAUGUAUCAAGUUUUGAACUGCAAUCACAUCCAGUUCGUAUUGGUGAUUUUCUUCAAUUUGUCUUAGAUAAUGGUUAUACAACAAAAAAAUGGUGGGAUCAUGAUGCAUUUGAAUGGAUUAUUGAAUCAAAAAUUUGUCAUCCAACAUCAUGGAGUUAUGAUAAUUCAUAUCGUGUAAAUUUUAUAUUACAACGUGAUAUACCUAUUGAAUCAGUACUUGAUCAUCCUGUUACUGUUACUCAAGUUGAAGCUAAAGCUUAUUGUCGAUGGUUAUCACAAAAAACUGGUUAUGAAAUCGAUUUACCAACUGAAGCUGAAUGGGUUUAUGCAAUGUGGGAUUGGUCAAAAUGUAUACCUAUGACUUUAGCUGAUGGAAAACAUAAUGUUAAUUUUUCUCAUUUACAUACAAUGCCAAUUAAUUCAUGUACGGAUAAAAAUUUACAAUGGCAAGGAUCAGCAUUUGAAUGGACAUCAAGUAUAUUUCGACCAUUUUCAGGUUAUCAUGGAAGUCUACCUACUUAUCCAGGUUAUUCAUCAGAUUUUUUUGAUGAUCGUCAUUUUGUAUUAUUGGGUGGUUCGUUUGCUACUGAUUCAAAAUUAAUUCGAAGAACAUUUCGUAAUUGGUUUCAAGAUAAAUACGUAUAUGUAUUUGCUACAUUUAGAUGUGUUAAACGAAAUGGACAUACAGAUUUUCCUUUAACUAUGACUGAUCGUGAAAGAAUUAUUAAUACAUUAAGUAAUCCAAAUCAUCGAACUAUUUCAUCGGAAUAUUUUUAUGAUGCACAUGGUUCAGCAAUUUAUGAACAAAUAACUCAACUUGAUGAAUAUUAUUUAUAUAAUCAAGAAUUAAAAUUAUUACAACAACGAGCUAUUGAUAUGAAAACUACUAUUCUUCAACAUUCUAAUAUUCAAACUCAUUCAUUAUCUAAAUUUCAUAUUAUCGAACUUGGUUGUGGUGAUGGUAGUAAAGUUGAAAAAUUUUUAUUACCAUGGGUUAAAUCAAAAGAAAAUAUUUCAGUUUCUUAUCAUCCUGUUGAUAUAUCAAAACAUGCAAUUGAUUCACUUAUUCAACGAUUAAAUCAAACAAUGGGUGAAAGUAUUGUUAAAGAAUAUGUUAAACCAAUAUGUUCAACAUUUGAUCACAUGUAUACACAACUUAAUAUUGAUUCAUUAGCAGUACAAGUAGUGAUGUUAUUAGGCAGUACUAUUGGUAAUUUUUCUUCUUUUGAUUCCAAUCACGUUAAAUUUGGUGAAAAUUCACCUGUUAUGAAAUUAUUUCAAUCAGUUCGAUCUAAUUUAAAAAUAGGAGAUUGGUUUCUAUGUGCAUUUGAUAUAUGUAAGGAUACAAAAACAAUGAUUCAAGCAUAUAGUGAUCCAAAAGGUAUUACAGCAGCAUUCAAUUAUAAUCUCUUAGCUCGUCUUAAUCGAGAAUUAAAUUUUAAUUUUAAAAUAACAAAUUUUCAACAUUAUGCAACAUUUAAUCCAUUACUUCGACAAAUGGAAAGUUGGUUAAUUAGUACAAAACAACAAGUAAUUACGGAUGAAAAUGGUUUUACUAUGCAAUUAGAACCUUAUGAUGCUAUACAAACAGAAGUUUCUGUAAAAUAUACUCAAGAAGAUAUUCAAUUAUUAAUGAAGAAAAAUUCUUUUAAAAUUAUUGAAUCUUAUACAACAAAUGAUCAUUAUUUACCAUAUACUCUAUGUAUGGCACAAGCAAUUUAA